UGGAAGGAGGAUGCACCAGACAUCGACAUCAUGCAUGAGGUAGCAGUGACCGAGACUGUCUUUUUCCCGGACAAUACGAGUUUGCUUUCUUGCGAGCCGCCGUACGAUGAUGGCCGUCUGCCGCUGGUGCUGCUGUACAGCGUUGUGCUGGCUGUUGGAAUUCCUGCCAACCUGCUAACCAUCUACCUAACCUGGCUGCAGAUACAGAGGAAAAACGUGCUGGGCGUGUACCUGUGGAGCCUGUCCAUGUGUGACCUCACCUAUCUGUGCACGCUGCCGAUGUGGGCUUUCUACGUCGGCGCAGGUCACGUGUGGCCCUGGAGCUCGACGGCCUGUAAGGUAACGGGCUACAUCUUCUUCAACAACAUGUACAUCAGCAUCUUCCUGCUCUGCUGUGUCUCCUGUGACCGCUACGUCGCCGUUGUCUACAGUGCUGAGUCCCGUGGCCUCCGCCGUCAACGCCUUGCUGUCAUCAUCAGCAUCACUGUAAUGCUGGUUGUCGCCUUCGGUCACAUUCCUGUGUUCACCAUGAGGGAAGGAGAUGCCGCAAAGGGUGAGCGCCGCUGCUUUGAGCCGAGUCAGAGCAGCGCCACGGUGACCGGUUUCAAUUACGCCCGCUUCUUGAUUGGCUUCCUGAUACCGUUGCUGGUGCUGGCGAUAACCAACCAUCGCAUCCUGGUCAACAUCCAGCGCAGCACAGGGCUGCAGAUGAAGCAGAAGGAGCGGGUUCGCUGGCUGGCAUGGGCAGUGGUGGUGCUUUUCCUAGUCUGUUUUGCUCCGUAUCACCUGAUCCUGCUGACCCGAGCCAUCAUGUACCACUUCCCCCGUCUGGAGGACGGGACCUGUCUGUUCGAGAAGACCUUGUACACGCCGUACACCAUCUCGCUGGGCCUGUCCACAAUCAACAGCGCCAUCAACCCCAUCCUCUACGUCCUGUCCAGCGACAACAUCCGCAAAGAGCUGCGCCGAGGCCUCGCCCGGGUCUGCAACCGAGCACACCUAAGAACACGAUCCGACAGCAGCCAGAACAAAAUCCAGCCCACCAGGAAUUCCUCGGAGCUGAAUCCCCUACCAGAGAUGGACAGGGUGCAGGGACCACUAGAGACUGGUCAUACUGGGCUAGACUCUGAGUCAAGGGUUCUCCCAGCCUGACCCAAAUUGGACUGAAGUUUAGUUUUUCCUGAAGAUGGCGCUGCAGGAGUGAAAGCUAAAAGGUAACAAGCAAGGCCGGCUGUGGAGCUCAGUGACUCUCAGAUCAACAAAAUAAAACACCAAAGUUUCAAAAUAAGGCUUAAAAAUCAAACUUUUCCUGUUAAAUCAGUUUGAUCUCAAUGGCAAAAACUUUGCAAAAACUCAAGUGACAAUUUCAGAUAAAAUGUGACUAAUUUUACAGGGACUGUCCAGCAAGUCAAAGAGCCAUGUCAAGAUCAGACAAGUCACAGUGCUAUCUCAAGAUUAGACGAGUCACAGUGCCAUGUCAAGAUCAGACGAGUCAGAGUGCCAUGCCAAGAUCAGACAAGUCAGAGUGCCAUGCCAAGAUCAGACGAGUCACAGUGCUAUCUCAAGAUUAGACGAGUCAGAGUGCCAUGCCAAGAUCAGACGAGUCAGAGUGCCAUGCCAAGAUCAGACGAGUCACAGUGCCAUGUCGAGAUCAGACGAGUGACAGUGCCAUGUCAAGAUCAGAAGAGUAAAAAGGCCAUGUCAAGAUUAGAGGAAUCACAGUGUCAUGUCAAGAUCAGACAAGUCAAAGGGCCAUGUCAAGCUCAGAUGAGUCAAAGUGUCAUGUCGAGAUCAGAUGAUCACAGUGCCAUGUCAAGAUCAGAUGUGUCAAAGGGCAAUGUCAAGAUCAGACGAGUCAUGGCAAGGUUAGACAAGUUCAAGCACCAAAUGAAAAACAACCUACAUUGCAUGUCAGACAAGUCAGUGUUGGUCAGACGAGUCAGCGCAAUUUAGAAGAGUCAGUCCAGGACAGACUAGUCAGUGAAGGUCUGACAAAUCAACAUGGGUUAAAGAGUCAGCACAGUCAGAUGCUGAUCAAAAGGCUUUACCCUUGUUAAUACCUUAAAAUAUUUAAAUGAAGUUUAUUUAAACUAUUUUUUUCAUUCUUUUGUGUGCUGCUGGAAAAAUAUAUCCACAACCCGUUGCUCCUCUACUCACUGUUAAAUGUUGGCUGUAACCAUAACUACAUACAACAUAGAACAUUGGUUCCCAACCUGGGGUCUGAGAUCUUUGGGGGACACAAGGCUUUGUCUGCUCUGAGGCUGCCAAAGUUAGAUUAGUAAAUAUUGACUAAAACCAUGAUAAAGCAGUUAUGAAGUAGUUCAGACAAAAGUCUUUUGAUAAGAACAGCAUGCAUUGUUCUUUUUUUAGGGUUUUAUCAGUGAAACAAUUAAAAUCUAUGUUGAUUUUUGGCAACAGUGUGUCACUUUUUCUUCUCUUUUGGGUCCUGGGGGGGCCUACCCUUUUCUUGGGUACAUGUAGGGGGGCUCUGAGGAAAAAUGGUUGGGAAACACUGGCAUAGAACAUACUACAUAGUAUGUACUAUGUACUACAUACUAUGUUGUAUGCACUAUAUAGUACAGCCGUGGCCAAAAGUUUUGAGAAUGACACAAAUAUUAAUUUUCACAAAGUCUACUGCCUCAUUUUUUAUGAUGGCAAUUUGCAUGUACUCCAGAAUGUUAUGAAGAGUGAUCAGAUGAAUUGCAAUUAAUUGCAAAGUCCCUCUUUGCCAUGAAAAUGAACUUAAUCCCCCCAAAAAACAUUUCCACUGCAUUUCAGUCCUGCCACAGAAGGACCAGCUGACAUCAUGUCAGUGAUUCUCUCGUAAACACAGGUGAGAGUGUUGACAAGGACAAGGCUGGAGAUCACUCAGUCAUGCUGAUUGAGUUAGAAUAACAGACUGGAAGCUUUAAAAGGAGGGUGGUGCUUGAAAUCAUUGUUCUUCCUCUGUUAACCAUGGUUACCUGCAAGGAAACAUGUGCAGUCAUCAUUGCUUUGUACAAAAAGGGCUUUACAGGCAAGGAUAUUGCUGCUAGUAAGAUUGCACCUAAAUCAACCAUUUAUCGGAUCAUCAAGAACUUCAAGGAGAGAGGUUCAAUUGUUGUGAAGAAGGCUUCAGGGCGCCCAAGAAAGUCCAGCAAACGCCAGGACCGUCUCCUAAAGUUGAUUCAGCUGCGGGAUCGGGGCACCAUCAGUGCAGAGCUUGCUCAGGAAUGGCAGCAGGCAGGUGUGAGUGCAUCUGCACGCACAGUGAGGCGAAGACUUUUGGAGGAUGGCCUGGUGUCAAGAAGGGCAGCAAAGAAGCCACUUCUCUCCAGGAAAAACAUCAGGGACAGACUGAUAUUCUGCAAAAGGUACAGGGAUUGGACUGCUGAGGACUGGGGUAAAGUCAUUUUCUCUGAUGAAUCCCCUUUCUGAUUGUUUGGGGCUUCCGGAAAAAAGCUUUUCCUGAGAAGAAAGGGUGAGCGCUACCAUCAGUCCUGUGUCAUGCCAACAGUAAAGCAUCCUGAGACCAUUCAUGUGUGGGGUUGCUUCUCAGCCAAGGGACUGGGCUCACUCACAAUUUUGCCUAAGAACACAGCCAUGAAUAAAGAAUGGUACCAAAACAUCCUCCGACAGCAACUUCUCCCAACCAUCCAAGAAAAGUUUGGUGACGAACAACGCCUUUUCCAGCAUGAUGGAGCACCUUGCCAUAAGGCAAAAGUGAUAACUAUGUGGCUUGGGGAACAAAACAUCGAAAUUUUGGGUCCAUGGCCAGGAAACUCCCCAGACCUUAAUCCCAUUGAGAACUUGUGGUCAAUCCUCAAAAGGCGGGUGGACAAACAAAAACCCACAAAUUCUGACAAACUCCAAGCAUUGAUUAUGCAAGAAAAGGCUGCCAUCAGUCAGGAUGUGGCCCAGAAGUUAAUUGACAGCAUGCCAGGGCGAAUUGCAGAGGUCUUGAAAAA